AUGAGCACUGUAAACGAACUACAGUUGCCCGAGGAAUGCCUGAAAGAGUUAUACACAAUUUGGAAAUGUGGAGGGUAUACGGGUUUGGUAUUCGACAAAUUAAUGCGCGUCACAGAGAAAAUUGUGUUAUUAGUGGUGGGGUUAAUUAUGGUUUCUAUAAACUAUAAUAAACUAUUUUCAAGCGAGUUCAAAGGGGAUGCCAUAUCUUCGUAUUUUGUGAAUAAUGAGCAACGAAGUAUUUGCAAACUCGUUUUAAUUUUGAUCUUUCUCCCUAUAUUAGUUCGCGAGUUUUAUAUCUUUAUUACAUCUUUGAGCUCCACAAAACUUCUCCAAGCAAAGUGUUUUUACGAAGUGAAUCACUUUGAGGAUUUCAAUAAGAAUUGGGACGGGAUAGUCAGUGUUGUUGCUCCCUUUCAUGGGUAUGACAGGAGGUCCUUUGUGUGUUCUAAAAGUUCCGUGAUUGAUCCUAAAACGAAUUCACUCAUAAGAUCCUCUAUUGUUUGGAAAGAGAAUUUGAUGACUCUAAUAUACAAUGAAUUCGACUUUUUACAAGCUUACCCCACUAAAUACACAAUGAAGAUCGUUGAAAACAUCUUCUUUCCUCCGUUUUUUACUCAAGAUUUCUGUAAAAGAGUCAAAUAUGAUGUAUGUUUACAGAACGUUUGGAAACAUUAG